CUCAGAACAUUUUAAAACGACAUAUGUAAAGAUGUUAUCUGCUUUGUCAAAGGAACAAAUCCCAUAAAGAGCACGAGCACAAGUCGAAGCAACCGCUUACAGAAGCAUUCGAACGUGUAAAAAAGGUUCUUAGUUAUCUGCAAUCUAAAUCAUGGAAGGUAUUGUUGUGAGAAGAGUCAUUCCCUCGGAUAAUAGCUGCCUCUUUAAUGCAGUUGGAUAUGUUAUGGAUCAUGACCAAAACAAAGCUGCUGAGUUGAGACAGGUUAUUGCUGCAACAGUAGCAAGUGAUCCUGAUAAAUAUUGUGAAGCAUUUCUUGGGAAGCCAAAUGCAGAGUAUUGUAACUGGAUUCUUGACUCUGAGAAGUGGGGAGGUGCAAUUGAACUUUCAAUAUUAGCAGAUUACUAUGGACGUGAAAUUGCAGCAUAUGAUAUCCAGACAACACGAUGUGAUUUGUAUGGUCAGGAAAGUAAAUAUUCUGAAAGGGUGAUGCUGAUUUAUGAUGGUCUCCACUAUGAUGCAUUAGCUAUGUCUCCCUCCGAGGGAGCUCCUGAGGAGUUUGAUCAGACCAUAUUUGCUGUACAGAAAAACAGAAGCAUUGGACCUGUUGAGGGGCUUGCUCUUAAUUUUGUUAGAGAUCAACAGAGGAAACGGAGCUACACUGACACUGCCAGAUUCACUCUGCGCUGUGGGGUAUGCCAAAUUGGAGUAAUUGGUCAGAAGGAGGCAAUGGAGCACGCGCAAGCAACUGGUCAUGUUAACUUCCAAGAAUAUAGAUGAUAGAUACACUGCGAGAUACAAAUUUACAUGUGUUAGUCUCGGUUGAUUUGAAUGAGCAUCUCUAGUAAAAGAUAGUUGCUUUGUUGCAGACAGUCAACUUCUUCUUCUUUUUUUUAUUCAAGGGGAUCAAAGUGGAUAAUAUCUGCCUGGGAAUUGUUGUGGCAAGUUGUGUUGUAACUUGUAAUAAUUUGUUGUAAUAAGAAAUCUUCUAUAUAUAUAUUUUAUUUUAU